UAUAUCAUUUCCGGCUACCGGCGCAUCUCCAACUCGUACCGCGCAUGCCUGCACUCAAUGACCUACGUCCACAACGAGUCGGGCAAUGUGCUGACGCACUUCGUGUCGCUGGUGUUUUUUAUCGGGCUGGCACUGAGCACCAACUACAACCUGCUGCCGGCAUCGAUGUCCCCCGGCCGCGCGUCGCUGGGUGACUACUUUGUUCUCUACGGCUACAUCUUGAGCGCUUGCAUCUGCUUUGUGCUGUCGACCAUGUUCCACACCUUCUCGUGCCAUUCGCAUAGCCACCAUGUUGCGUGGCUCAAGUGCGACUUUGUCGGCAUCCUGGUUCUCAUCCUGGGCUCCUUCCUCCCGGGCCUGUACUACGGAUACUUUGAAUCGCGCAUCCUCAUGUUCCUCUACAUGGCCAUGAUGCUCUCGCUCUUUGUCGUCGGCGUCACUGUCAGCGUGUCUCCGCACCUGCAGAAGCCCAAUUUGCGCUGGCUGCGUCCCGUUGUUUUCUUUAGCAUUUCGCUUUCCGGGGGCAUCCCCGUGUGCCACCACAUUAUUGCUCAUGGCAUUGCUGCAUCUGCGAGGUCCAUUGGCCUUUAUUAUAUGCUGGGUAUGGUUGGCUUUUAUGUCGCUGGCACUUUGCUUUAUGCAUUCAAUAUUCCUGAGCGCUGGUAUCCCGGCCUGUUCGAUAUCGUUGGAAACUCGCACCAGCUGUUCCACUGCUUGGUGUUUUUCGCCGCGCUCACGCAUUACUACGGCAUUGUGCAGGCCUUUAAGUGGCACCAU